GUGGGGGGAUGGGCGGGGAGGAGGGCGAGGUGGAGGGGCAGGGGCCGUGGUGGCGCACGCCGGAGGAGAUACGGCUCCUCUCCACCGCCACCGCCGCCAACUUCCUGUUCACCAGCAUGACUGAGUCCGAGCGCUCCGACGCCUUCUCCCUCUUCGAGCGCCUUGCCGUCAAGGCGGGCGACGUGGUGGUGAAGCAGGCGGAGCCGGGCGACUUCUACUUUGUUGUGCUCAGCGGGCAGUACGACGUGUUCGUGCAGGCGGGGCUGGACCCUCCGCUGCUGGUGCAUACAUACAGCAGCGCGUCGGGGCAGCCGGCCUCCUUCGGCGAGCUGGCUUUGCUGUACAACAAGCCCCGCGCCGCCACCGUGAUGGCCCGCACGGACGGGCAGCUGCUGCGGCUGCACCGCUCCACCUUCCGCUCGGUGGUUGCUGCGGGCGGUCAGCCGGGUCCCACUGUGCGCACACUGCGGGGGGUGGAGGUGCUGCAGUGCCUCAGCAUCACACAGCUGCAGCGGCUGGCGGAGAUGAUGGAUGAGGUGACCUACGAGGACGGCAGCUACGUGAUCCGGCAGGGCGAGGAGGGGCGCGACUUCUUUGUCAUAUCCGCGGGGGAGGUGUCGUGCACCGUCAAGAAGAACCUGGCAAACCAGGACGAGCAGGCAAAGGAGGUUCUUCGCCUGUACGCGGGUCAGUACUUUGGCGAGCGCGCGCUGCUGACCAGCGCCAAGCGGGCUGCCAAUGUAGUGGCGGCGGGGCGGGUGACGCUGCUGGCAAUCAGCAGGAGCAGGUUCGAGGCGGUGUUUGGGCCGCUGCAGGACAUCAUUGACAGCGAGGCCGCCUGGAAGGAGGCGGUGGCCAUGCAGCGAGAGGUGCUGUCGCGGAAGACAAUGGCGUCGGGGUUGCAGGUUGCGCAGGCUCAGUUCAGUCUGGAGGAGCUGUCGGCGCGCGGCCUGCUGUCCUCCACCGACUGCUCCGCACUCAUGCUCAUGGAGCACAAGGCCAGCGAGGAGGUGUACACGGUCCGUGUGACCAGCGUGGCUGACGUGGUGUCGCUGGGCAAGCAGGGGGUGGUGAUGCGCUCGCGGGACGUGACUCGCUCGCUGGAGCCGUCCUUCUUCGUGCCGGGGGUACUCAAGAGCUUCAAAGACAACAGGGUGCUGGCGGAGGUUCUCAUGACGGUGGGACUGUGCACGCUGGACUGCCUGAUGUCGCCGCUGCCCUUCGACGAGGCCAGUGCGGUCUACAUCGCCGCCUCGUUGGUGUUGGGGCUGGAGCACCUGCACUGGAGCGGAGUCAUCUACCGGGGGCUGUGCGCACACAGUGUGGUGGUGACGGAGGGGGGGCAGGUGCAGCUGGUGGAUUUCAGGUUCGCCCGUCGCAACGAGGGUCGCGCCUUCACGCUGUGCGGCAGUCCCGAGUACCUAGCCCCCGAGGUGGUGGAGGGGCGCGGACACACCGAGUCCGCCGACCUAUGGGCCCUGGGCGUCCUCAUCUACUGCCUCAUGUCCGGCGAAACACCCUUCGCCUCCCCCGGUGACGACGAGCUGCGCAUCUACCGCCGCAUCGUCUCCCGCCACCUCGCCUUCCCGCACCACUUCUCCCCUGCUGCUCGCGACCUGCUGGAGCGGCUGCUGCACCCCGACCCGGCGGCUCGGCUGGGCGGGCAGGGCCCCGCCUCGCUGCGGCACCUGAAGCGGCACCCCUGGUUCGCGGCGGUGAACUGGGAUGCGCUGCUGGAACACAGGUACCUGCCUCCCCCGGGCAUUCGCGAGCGCAUCUACAAUUUCGAGGGGGUGGCGUACGCGCACUUCGACCCGCGCACCUACGAGGGGGACAUGUCCUGGGCCAACAACUUCUAGUGAAUACGGUAUUGGCGGAAGUACGGCAGCUGCUGCUGCGGCUCCUAUUGGCUAGGGGCAACCUUCACAUGUGGUUGCUAUUCAUAGAGCGUAUGAGGAGAGUCUUGAGUUAUGAUUGAGGGGCAGAGAGAGAGAGGGACACAGGAAUAUACCGAGUGAUGAGAGAGGUUGGGGGCGGGGCACGGACCCAUGGGUCAUGUGUUUACGGCAUGGGAGGCCAAGGGGGUAAGGGGAGAAGGAGGGAAAGAUAAAUGAGGCGAUGCAGAAAAGAGGGAGAGAGAGGAAUAGCGAAUAGGGCGGGAAAUGUCCAGGUUGCAAGCAGGAAGCAAGCAGCUAAAAGGGAACCAAGGGAGGAAGGGAGGGAGGGAAUGGUGGCGGGGGUUUGUGGUCGCGGAGGUUCCUAAGAGGCGGUUGUUAUGCGCGUUGGUGACCUCUCUUAUCCUGCGUGACAGGCGGAUAGAGAGUGAGAAUGUAUAGGUUUCGCUGAAUGCUCAGCAUAUCAGUAAAACAUUGAGAACACGUUGUGGGGUUUAAUCUAUACGGGGAAGGCAGCCGCCACUACAAAGAGGGGGGGCGGCUGCGUCGCGCGGGGCUCGCGGGGCUGCUGCUGCUGCUGAGGGGUCUCAUUGUUCCGUUGCUUGCAUGCACUUGCUUGCAUUUGUUGAUGGCUGAAGGGUACGCGGAAGGGGGCGGGUGACCGAAAGCCGUAAUGGCCUUGAUAACAGACUUUUGACGGGGUGUUUGUGACGCCGUGUUCUCAACUUUGCAUCCUCGGCCAAGAACAGCAUUUGGGGAUUACGGAUGGCUGUGGGGGGAUUGCGCGCGUCGGCUUGAUGGUUGGAAACUAUUGGGAGAAGAAUGGGGUGAUAAGAGCCGCGUGACUGGUAAUGGAGGGACGUUAUUGAGCAAUCUCAGGGCACGCCUGAAAGGGAGGUCUGCGAGCAGCAACACGUGCAUUUACGGCUUUUAACACAACAGCCAUGACGGUUAUCCGUCGUGUGGAGUUUUACCUACGAUGCCAAUUUGGUGGUUAGGUUUGCGUCCUCUGCUGGCCGUUCUGAGAAGGCGCCUUAAGAAGGUUUCAGCCAUGGGUGGGGCUGGAAUCAGGGUGGAUGAGGCGGUACGCUGAUGCCUAGCCAUCCAGGAUGCUAGCAAGGCUCAGAAUGUGGCGCAUGGCCGGUUUCAUCUUGUUUCUUGUAACC